AUGCUCUCCAAGAUCUCAAUCGUCCUCGCACUCCUGGUGCUGUUGACGCAGUUCGCAGUCGCUGCUACUCCUCCUGCCUGUGUCAUCAGAGCUGUUGGCGAAUCGGACCAGUCGCCAACCAACAUCAAGGACAUCUGCGGAAGUGGCAACACAGUCGAACAGACCCUGGUUAGCGACUGUGGUAACGAUCUCGAUGCUGCCAUGAGCGCCUUCUCCAGCAUCUGCGCCAGAGCUGGUGUCACCAUCUCUACUUGGGCUGCAGCUACUGCCACUCCAGCUAGUUCAGCACCUGCUGGCUCUUCUGUCGAGCCUUCCUCGGCCAUGACCACCGGCAUCAAGUCUGAAUCUGCCAUCACCGCUGCCACUGCUUCGCCCUCUAGCACAGAGUCUGCUACUCAAUCUGCCGGUGUCACUGUCACUACUGCUACCAACACCAACACCCACACCGAUACUGUCAUCAGCACCCAGACAACCUCGCAGUCCACUGACGAAUCGGCUGCUGCCACUUCGACUGGCGCACCAUCUACCGGAGUCGCUGACCGUUUCAAGAUCAGUGGCCUCGCCAUGAGCAUUGUCAUUGCUGCCGGUAUCAUUCUGAUGUUGCAGUAA